AUGAUCCUCCUCGAGCAGAAGAACAUGAUGAUAUCCGAGACGCUGGAGCGGAAGUUUGCGGCGGCGAAGGCUGGCGAGCCUCCACAACGCCUUCUGACGACGUUCUGCGACUUUGACGGCGUCAUGUACAAGCUGGAGAACCCGGACAACGACAAGAAGAAGAUCUUGCUAAGCAUCUCCCUGAAAUACUUCAAGGAACUACAGGCUCACGGUGCGGAUGAGCUUCUGCGCCGAGAAUACGGGGCCCACCUCGCCAAAACGGUUCCGGAUUACAGCGUGACCCUCGAGUACGACCUCGACGCCAUUCCGGACGAUUAUUCAGAACUCGUGCGCAAAGCGUCGAUGCUGAAGCGCAACUGCUUCGCCUCCGUCUUCGAGAAGUACUUUGAGUUCCAGGAGGCCGGCCAAGAAGGCCAGAAGCGCGCCACCGUCAACUACCGCGAGGACGAGACGAUGUACAUCGAGGCGAAGCCCGACCGCGUCACCGUCAUCUUCUCGACGCUUUUCAAGGACCCGGACGAUCUGAUCAUUGGCAAGGUGUUCCUCCAGGAAUUCCGCGAAGGGCGCAAGGCCUCGCAAACGGCGCCCGCGGUGCUCUACUCGCUCGGCGAGCCGCCGCUCGAGCUGCGCGAUCAGCCGGGAGCCCGCGUCGGCGACAAUGUGGCCUACAUUACUUUUAUCCUGUUCCCGCGGCACACAAACAAGAAGAACCGCGACAACACGAUCGACCUGAUCCACACGUUCCGCAACUACCUCCACUACCACAUCAAGUGCUCGAAGGCUUAUCUGCACGCGCGAAUGCGCCUGAAGGCCGACUACUUCUUGAAGGUGCUGAACAGGGCGCGCCCCGAGGUCAAGGCCGACAAGAAGACCUACAGCGGCCGCACCUUCCACGAGAAC